UCUCAACAUAAUUCAUUAAAAACUCUGAUUCUUAAUAAUGCGCGGAUUAAUUAUAACAGCAAUAUUUUAUCUUACAUAAAAUAUUUACAAAAUUUGCAAGAAUUAAGGUUUAAUAGAUGUAUUUGUAAUAGAAAUGUAUUUUUUAAUAAUAAGUAUGAUAAGAAUGAUAUAUUUGAUGAAGAAAAAAAUUAUGAGGAAGAUUUAUGGUUACCUAAUCUUAAAUAUCUUCAAGUAGAUUAUAUUGAUGAAAAAGGAGAAGAAUUAAAUGAAUUAUCAUUUAUUCUAUCUUCAAUUUUAAUUAGAUGUUCUCCUUUAUUAAAUA